CUUUAACCCAGUGCGACUGACUCUCUGCUAGAGCCUUUUAUAGAAGUUUCGCAGUCGCACGAUCGCUGCCUGGAAGCGCAAUGUCACCUUGAGCGAUCAAUGAGCGAUCAAGCCACCUUCCGGUUUCACACGCCUUAAGACAAAGGUUGGUAGUCGACACUAUUUUCUGACCGCUUGCGCAACGUGAAACGACGCAACACCCCCAACGGCACCGCACUCCGGUCGGCCCCAAGAAGCGGUCACAUCAUGGCGAGAGAGCUGUCACCAUUCAGCCAACGGCGACUGCUCACUCAGCAGCUUGCUAGGGGUGAGGUUCCUACUCAACCACAUGUGGUCGCAGAGAGAAUACCAGUUAAAGAGCCAGAGCGCGCAAGCAAGGAACCAACAGCUCCGGCACGCCGCCGAUCAAGAAGCAGGUCACGGGAGAGAAGAUCAAGAGAUCGCUCACGCGACCGCAAGCCGAGAGACGUCUCGCCAGCAGCAAGCUCAAGUAAGCGAUAUGGCUCACCGCAACCGUACAGGAAGCGUCGCGACAGCUCGCGAGAGAGGAGGCAUGACAGACCAAAAGACCGCCAACGAGAGCGCUCAAAGGACAGGCGGCGUGAUAGGUCAAAGGACAGCAGGAGGAAGGAUCGAUCUGUAGAGAGAAAGCGCGACGGUUCAAGGGACAGGCGACGCGACCGCUCGAACGACAAGCACGCCGACAGGGAUCGACGCCGAGAUCGGUCGCGGGACAGACAGACCAGACGUGACCGUUCACACUCGCGGAGCCGCAGACGUAGAGACAGAUCAAGGGACGACAAGCGGUCGCCCUCUCCUCUAGCCAUUCGCGAACGGAAGCACCGAACACGCUCGCAGUCUGCCUCCAGAUCACCACCACCCAAGCGCCGCCGUCGCAGUCGGUCAUGGUCAAGAUCACGAUCUCCACACCAGCGCAACAAAAAGCCUUCGUCAGAUCAGGAAGUCUCCUUCCGAGGUGUCGAUAACUCUGCACAAGCACCCACCAAAUAUGGCGGCGCGCCCGUCAAUAAGGAAAAGCCCAACUUCAAAACCACUGGUACGCUCGCAAAGCACGCCAACCGCGUUGAGGGCACAAAGAUCUCGCUCAAGUACCACGAACCGGCCGAAGCGCGCAAGCCGCCUUCGUCUCAGCCGUGGCGUUUGUUUGUGUUCAAGGGCGACGACGUGAUUGAUACAAUUGAACUGUACCAGAAGAGUUGCUGGCUGUUGGGACGCUCACACGAGGUUGUCGACUACGUGCUGGAGCACCCAAGCUCGAGCGGACAGCAUGCGGUGAUACAAUUCAGGUACAUACAAAAGGUUGUUGAGGACGAGUUUGGGGUGAAGAGCACGAGGGGCAGGGUCAAACCGUAUGUGAUUGACCUGGAGAGCAGCAACGGUACAGAACUGAACGGGAAGGACAUCGAGGCGAGCCGUUAUUUCGAGUUGAGAGAUAAGGACAUCUUGAGAUUUGCAGGCAGCGAGCGCGAGUAUGUGGUCAUGCUACCACCGCCAGAUGAGAAGAAGGAUUGAGAAGGCUAUGCGUACGGUGGGCCAGUAUUGAGCAGCUUGCAGCGAUCGUGUGACCUCACGAGCUGCAUGGCACCAAAGGUGGACGGAUCCAGGGAACCAUCUCACCUCAAGAAUACUUGAAUCACAUCGUACUAUCACGUUGCUGUGCG